AUGGCGCUAACUCUUCUUCUGCCUCUGCUGGCCUCUUUCCAGAUGCUCCCCAGGCCAGUGUCUCCUGCAGACCCCGACCCGGCUCCCCAGCUCACCCUGUCCCCGCAGCAGCCUGUCUACAUAACUGGAGAAAAUGUGACCCUGACGUGCUCAGCUGCCGGGGCGCCCACCAUAUCCGGGGUCCGGUUCUUCAGCAACAACCAGAAAAUCCAAUCCAAGAAACUCCCCUCACCUCGGAACAGAUACACCGACUCUAUUCAGCUUUCAGGGGUGUCUAGAGCUCAAGCCGGAGCAUACACCUGUGAAUCCUGGAAGACAGAGUCUGGGCGAAAAAUCGCAUCAAAGAGGACCCAACCCAUCUCCAUAGCAGUGACAGACCCCGACCCGGCUCCCCAGCUCACCCUGUCCCCGCAGCAGCCUGUCUACAUAACUGGAGAAAAUGUGACCCUGACGUGCUCAGCUGCCGGGGCGCCCACCAUAUCCGGGGUCCGGUUCUUCAGAGACAACCAGAAAAUCCAAUCCAAGAAACUCCCCUCACCUCGGAACAGAUACACCGACUCGAUUCAGCUUUCAGGGGUGUCUAGAGCGCAAGCCGGAGCAUACACCUGUGAAUCCUGGAAGACAGAGUCUGGGCGAGAAAUCGCAUCAAAGAGGAGCCAACCCAUCUCCAUAGUAGUGACAGAUCCCCCUCCCCAGCCUUCGCUGAGCAUGGAUCCCCCAUCCGGAGUGGUGAGCGAAGGGUUCCCCCUGCACAUCACCUGCACGACCCCCUGGGAUGCUGGUCAGCGGAGGUUUCACUUCUACAAGGACAGUGUCAAGCUUGUUCCUGGGGACACAGGGUCUGACAUCAGCACCACAGAGCCCAGCACCAGCUCUAUGAACAUCUCUGUGCUCAGCAUCCCUCAGGCCAGUCCCAACAACACCGGGGAAUUCACCUGCGGGUAUGAGGUGAAAAUGGGUGGGGGGUGGUUCCCAUCCCCCAGGAGCCACGCUGUGAAUGUCACUGUGACAGCAUUAACAGCCUCACACUAUACCCGUGAUAUUCUGCUGAGAACUGGUGGUGUCUUGCUUCUGGGUGGAGCCCUGGCUGCUCUCAUCUGCUAUUGCCAUAGGAAGAAAAGAGUUCCAAAGCCUCUGAGAAGCACCAAGGGAUUUGAGCCCAGAGAACACACCAGGAACCUGGACCCUGGUUGCGAUAAUAAGGGAUCAAAAGCCACGGGUGCCGGAGCAGAGCAGAUGGAACAGGACUCGGAAGUCAUCUAUGCACUCAUAGAAUUCCCGGCCUCACAGGCCCACACAACCCAGAGAACAAAAAAACUAAAACCUGCUGAAGAUGAGCAUGUGCUGUAUAGCGAGGUGGUGACAACGCACACCUGGAAGGCAACUAAAUAAGGAGGGGAAACCCUCUAUAUGUCUCUCUGCAUCUUAUCCACCUCCUCCAGGCAUCCAUCUCCUUAACCCUGUAUACCCCAAGAGACCUUUUAUGCCUCUUGGGGAUGGGCACACCCCAAACACCAUUGAUAGAAUAUUUAGCCAACCAGCAUCUUGUCAGGUAUCAUAUAAAAACUGGUAACCCGUUGGUCAUGAACACCACUGCGUGAUGUAUGCACGGACUGUGUAGCAAGAGUUAUGUAUAUAUGCUGGAAAUAUGCUCUGGAGGUAGUUGAUAAAGAAGCCGACCCUAGACAAAGGAAUGUGUAUUCAUGCGUCUGCGUGAAUCAGGCUA